ACUGUAUACAAUACGCCAGUCCGGAUCUUCCGGCUCCUCCGUCCAGCGAGCAGAGAAGCCAAAAACCCCAAGCCGGACGCCUCCCGUCUCCCUGUCCGGGCGCACCAGCCUACCUCGCCGCCGGAGACAUGAACCAGCCCGUGCAGAAGAACACCCUCUACGUCGGUGGGCUGGCGGAGGAGGUGGACGAGAAGAUCCUGCACGCCGCGUUCGUGCCCUUCGGCGAGGUCAAGGACGUCAAGACGCCGCUGGACCAGUCCACGCAGAAGCACCGCUCCUUCGGCUUCGUCACCUUCCUUGAGCGCGAGGACGCCGCCGCUGCCAUGGACAACAUGGACGGCGCCGAGCUCUUCGGCCGCGUGCUCACCGUCAACUACGCCUUCCCCGAGCGCAUCAAGGGAGGGGAGCAGGGAUGGGCUGCCCAGCCAAUUUGGGCCGAUGCGGACACUUGGUUUGAGAGGCAGCAGCAGGAAGAGGAGAUGCAGCGGCUGCAGGCAGAGCACCGUGCAGCAAUGCAGGCAGCAGAGAAGCUGCACAGGGAGAAACUGGCUGCCGAAAGGGAGGGCGAGAAAGAAGAAGAGACAGCAGAUCCCAUGGCUGCUGCAGAGGCUCAGGCUGUGAAACAAAGUUCUUAAGAACCGGGAUAUCAAUUUCAUAACAUAUGUGCUACAUUGGUGCCCCUUUGCCAAAUACAUGUUUCUCAGCAGCGUGGCUACAAUAUGACUAACGAAUCUUGUGAGUGCUGUUUGCUUAGCUGAAAGAAUCCUAUUUCUCACUUGGAUCUGGGAUUUUUAUGGAUCUGUCUCUUUUUUUUUUUCAUGUUGAGGUUGCAGAAUCAAGCAGAGCUUUACUAAAAUGCUGUGGUUCCCUAUGCCUACAUGUUGCAUUGUCCAAGGACUUUGCAAAUAAAUUUUGCAUU